AUGAACUUUACGAAUAAAAUCGUUCGCACUAAUAAUAAUGAAGUAAAUUCUCUAAUUUUCUCAAUACCUGCUAAUAUUCACAUUUACCUGGGAAUAUUUUUAUUACUUAUGGGCAAUAUCGGUUGUUUUGGUAAUCUUCUCAUUUAUCAAACACGUACAUUUCGUCAUCAAGCUUUUUCAAUUUAUAUUAUUUGUGAAACUUUAUCAGAUUUUCUUGUAUUAAAUUUUAUACUUUUAACGCGUAUUCUUGAAAAUGGUUUUCAUAUUCCCUUAGAACAUAGUUAUACAUUUCUAUGUAAAUUUCGAGAAUUUGGAGAAUAUUAUUUUUGUUUAUGUUCUUUUACAUUUUUUACAUUGGCAUCGAUCGAUAGAAUUCUCUCGGCACAACGUUCGAAUACCUUUCGUAAAUGGAGUAAUCGGGUUUCACUUGCCUAUAAAAUGAUUCUUAUCUCAAUUUUAUUUUGGUUUUUCAUAUUAUUUCAUCGAUUUAUUGUAUUUGAAAUAAUAGACAAUGAUUGUGAUCCGACAUCAAAUCUUUAUGAUAUUAUUGAUCAUUAUCUCGAAGCAAUUCUCUUAGAAAUAAUUCCACUUAUUAUCGUCUUUAUAUUAGUUUUUCUUUUACGACGAUCUCUUAAAACAAUUGUUGAACAUCAAAUCAAUAUUAUUUCAAAUAAAAGACAACAAACUCAACUUCAAAAUAUUGAUUCUCAAUUAACAUUGAUGUUAUUAUUACAAUCAAUUAUCGCAAUUAUUUCAUUUCUACCAUAUGGAUGUCGUUUACUCUAUAAACAAAUACUUCAUUCAUAUGAUGUAACAUCAUUAUAUAGAAUAAUUGAUCAUAUUAUUGGAGCAUUAACUCGUGUCUUAUCUUUUACUUUUUUUGCUUCGAGUUUUUAUAUUUCACUUAUUUCAAAUAAUGGAUUUCGUCGUAAAAUUAAACGUCUAUUUAGAAACAAUGAAAUUCGUCCAUUUGUUUGUGAACCAGUGAAUAUUUUACACAACGAGCAUUGA